AUGCCUCGAAACAGGUCUGGCUGGGUGUCGCGUCUCCUCGGAUGGGAUCGUCACCCCGCCCACGGGAGUGACGAGCACUCGGACUGGCACGAAGACCGCCGACGCCUGCCUCGCGCUUACAAGAGGGUCUAUCACCCAAACCUAGUCCUCCCUCGGUACUCUGAUGAGCAGGCCGAAGCCGCCAUAUCGGCCCCCGAUGUCACCAAAGUCGCCCUGAAGCUGCGUCACUUGAUCGAGGCCGCCAUUCCCUGCGAGCUUGACGAGGCCGACAUUACCAAAGCCCACAGCGGUAUCAUCACCACCAAAGUGAUCAAGGCUGCCAAAGAGGCUGGUGGUACUGAACACAGGUCAUGUGUCGUCUUUGGACUUCUGGUCUGUAAGCGGUGGUUCAAGCACCAGGCUCUUGUCGAGCUCUGGGACGCCGACAUGCAUCUCGUUCGCUCCACCGCUUGCGAAGUCAUUGCUAAGAGAAUCAUCGAAGCCGAGGACGACCUCAACUACCUCCUCCACCAGGUCCUGCUGCACCGAUACUCCAUCAUUGUGGACGGCGAGGCCACCAUCGCGGCCAACGUCAUCGAAAAGGCCGUCGACCUCCACGCCGUCAGCGUCAUUGGCUCUUCGGGCUACCAGAAGUGCAUCUCGUAUCUGUGGAAGGGCUGGCUGGUCCAGGAUGAGGAUGAUCCGACCACCUUUGUCGACUACAAGGACAAGGACAAUAUUGACUUUUUCGUCCACCUCGAUCCGGACCGCAUCCGCGUGCCCAUGUUCCAGAAUGCCACGCAGCUCAUCAUCUCGAUCAUCUACCUCGUCUUUUACACAAUCUCCGUCAACACGCCCAACCCCGGCGGCGAGCUCGACGUGGCUGAACUCUUGCUCUACGUCUUCACCCUCGGUUUCAUCUGCGAGGAGUUGACCAAGUUUUGGAAGGCUGGCCGUCACAUUCUCGGGUUCUGGAACGCUUUAAAUGGUGUGCUCUACUCGCUGGUCACCGUUUCCUUCAUCCUCCGCAUGGUCGCACUCGCACACCCGCUGCGGCAUGACGACGAUAAGAACACGAACGACCCGCGCCAGUACUACAAUGAGCUGAGCUACAGCUUCCUCGCCUUCAGCGCCCCCUUGUUCUGGUCCCGCCUCCUGCUGUACCUCGACACCUUCCGAUUCUUCGGCGCCAUGCUGGUCGUCCUCAAGGUCAUGAUGAAGGAAUCCAUCAUCUUCUUCGCUUUGCUGGCUGUUUUGAUCAUUGGCUUCUUGCAGGCGUUUGUCGGACUGGAUGCUGCCGAAGACAUGGCCGUCGACGACUAUGCGCUCAUUUUCAAGGCCAUGGCCAACGCCAUCAUGCAGAGUCCCGACAUGGACGUCUUUGACGAGUUCUCGCCGCCGUUUGGAACCAUUCUGUACUACUUCUUCACGUUCAUCGUCAUGGUCAUCCUGCUCAACAUUCUCAUUGCGCUGUACAACUCGGCGUACGAGGACAUUUACCAGAACGCCAACGAUGAGUUCCUCGCCCUGUUUGCGCAGAAGACGAUGCAGUUUGUGCGCGCACCCGACGAGAACGUGUACAUCCCGCCCUUCAACCUCGUCGAGAUGGUCGUCAUUGCCUUGGUCGGCUGGUGGAUGCCCAAGGAGCGCUUUGAGCACCUCAACGACAUCGUCAUGGCCGUCUUCUACUCCCCGGUCCUUCUCAUUGCGGCCUACGCCGAAACGCGCACGGCCAAGGAGAUCCAGCGCAACCGGUCCAACGGCGAGAGGACGACGACGUGUGGAGGAGUGGGAGCAAAUGGCGGCGAGCUGGACUUUGAGGCCGACGGCUGGGACAAGAUUGCGACACGCAAGUCGAACGUGAGGUGGAGCUGGCGUGCAGGAGGUGCGGAAGCUGAAGGAGUAGAUUGA